GAACAAUAAGUUAUUGAAGAAAUUAAAUUACCAGAAUGUCAAGUAAUAGCAGUUCUAAAGAUGACGAUUCUGUAUGCUUGGAAAAGAUGGAACAUGCAGCUGUUCCUAAAACAAAAGCACGUGACGGUUGGCAAGGAAGAAUGGAUUUUAUCCUGACUUGCAUUGGAUAUGCAGUGGGGUUAGGAAAUAUUUGGAGAUUUCCAUACUUAUGUUAUAAAAGUGGAGGAGGUGCUUUUUUCAUUCCAUAUAUAAUAUUUUUACUUCUCUGCGGAUUCCCGCUUUUCUUUAUGGAAGUAGCCUUCGGACAAUUUUCUAGCCUUAGUCCUGUUACGAUAUGGCGGAUUUGUCCACUGUUUAAAGGUGUUGGAAUGGGUAUGGUCAUAGUUUCAGCAAUUGUUUGUAUCUAUUAUAAUGUGAUAGUUGCCUGGACGAUUUAUUAUUUGUUCAUGUCGUUCAGAAGUGUACUGCCAUGGAGUCAUUGUCACAAUUCCUGGAACGACGAGAGAUGCGUUGAUGGGCUUGAAGGCACAUUAAAUAAAACGGUAUUGAAUUUAACAAGUGCCAAUCUUACAAAAGUUACAGCAAGUGAACAAUUCUGGGAGAAUCAUGUUCUUGAUAUAACUGGCGGUAUUGAAGAUAGUGGAAGUUUAAGAUGGCAGCUCUUUAUCUGUUUGUCCCUAGCAUGGUUAUGUGUGUUCUUAUGCUUGUUCAAGGGUGUAAAAGUUCUUGGAAAGGUGAUGCAUUUUGCUGCUCCUUUCCCAUACCUUGUUCUAUUAGUGUUAUUGAUUAGAGGCCUGACGCUGCCGGGAGCUGUAGAAGGUAUCAAAUUUUACAUAAUUCCUAGGUGGGAGAAAUUAGCAGAUUUUCAAGUAUGGGGUGAUGCUGCUUUGCAGAUAUUUUAUUCCGUUGGAAUGGCAUGGGGUGGUAUUAUAACAAUGGCCAGUUACAACAAUUUUCAUAACAAUGCGUACAGAGAUGCUAUGUUAGUUCCCAUUAUUAACUGUGGUACUAGCAUAUUUGCAGGAUUUGUGAUUUUCUCUGUAUUGGGAUUCAUGGCACAUACAGCGGGUACAACUGUAGAUGAAGUUGUUAAACAAGGUCCUGGUCUUACCUUUGUUGCUUAUCCUGAGGCCGUUGCUAAACUACCCAUAUCACCAUUGUGGGCAGUUUUGUUCUUUCUUAUGCUAUACACCAUUGGACUUGACAGUCAGUUCGGAAUGUUUGAGACUUGCAUAAGUUCAUUUAUUGACGAGUACCCACGAUUACUCAGAAGUAAGCGAGUACUUCUAGCUGCAGUUGGGUGUUUCGUGGAAUUUCUUCUUGGAUUACCAUGUAUUACACAGGGAGGAAUAUACGUUCUACAGAUUAUGGACUGGUAUUGUGCAAGUUUCUCUUUAAUGAUGAUUUCACUUAUAGAAUGCCUUGUAAUUGCAUGGAUUUAUGGAACAGAAAGGUUUUACAAAGACAUAGAAUUGAUGAUUGGAUAUAAGCCACAUGCAAUCUGGCAUUAUAUGUGGAAAUUUGUAACACCAACUGUUAUUUUUGGAAUAUGGCUUUUUAGUAUAAUAACAUUGGGUCCGGUGACGUAUGAUGGAAAAAAUUAUCCGACUUGGGCCAUAGUGUUUGGUUGGAUAUUAGGAAUAGUUUCACUUGUCCCAAUUCCUCUUAUGAUGAUUAUUCAAAUCAUUAACACUGAUGGGGAUACAAUAAUUGAGAGAGUCAAAAAAUUAACUGUACCUGCCAAAACUUGGGGUCCAAGUAUGGAAGAUGACAGAGAAAUAUACAUACAGUCACUGUCGCAUAAUACAUACACACUUUCUAACAUGGACGGUAGUCCUGUAGAUUGUGAAGAAGCCUUACUACAGCAUAAACAAAAAAUUGAUAUGAAUAGCUCAUCGUGAUAGAUGAUAAUAACAAAAGAAGUGGACAUUCCAAAGGAGUUGUUGCAAGGUUAUAAAAAUGAAUAUUGUUAUGGAUAAAAUUUAUAAUUUACUUUUAAAGACUGUAUUAUGUUGCUUCUGAGGUAUUGUAUUGUCAUUGCCUUAUGAAAUUUAGUUUUAUAUUCUUUCUAAAUCACACUGAAGGCAUAUGCUACAAUUCAAGUCUCGUAUAUUUUUUUUUAUUAAAACUGUCGGAUUUUCUAGGUACUAGUAUGAAAUUUUGUUAAGUUUGUUUAAUCUUAAGCAAUAUUUAUAUCAGAAAAGCGAUUGUUCUGUUGAUUAUCAUAAUGAAAGAUGUAUAUCAUUUAAAAAAAACUUUUAGUAUUUGUUAGUUUGAUGUUUAAAAUUACCCAAAUAAAAAUGUAAAGCUCACCAAAGUAAUACAUCCAUCAAGUUUACUAUAAUCAACUAAAUGAAACUUUGCACAAAUAUUCUUUUUACAACCACAGUCAUAUUCUAAAAUUAAACAUAAUUGUCACUAGAUUUUUUUUUCUACAUAGCUGCAUUUUAAAAAUAAAUAACUUUUGUUAUAUGGCAACAAUACAUAUUUGUAGAGGACGUCUCCAGGUUGAUAUUGUGCACGUUUUGACUGAUGUAAUUUUAAAAACCAUUCAUGUCACAUGUGAACAAAUUUUAUAUAAUAUAUAUGUUUCUUUUUUCUAAUAUGAAUUUUUUGGUAUUUAAUUAAUUUAUCUUUUCAACAAUUUUAAUGACAAAACUUUGCAAUCUUUACAAGUGCAUUAAUAUUUUUACAACACUCAUCUUGCAUGUGAGGAGGUACACCAAGGGCCUUAAUUGGUCUGAAAUUAAAGUAUUACAAAAUCAUGUACUGUUUGUGUUUUAAAGAUUGAUAGGUAUUUCCAAAUUUUUUAUCUGUAACACCUUUAAAAUUGUAUGCAUUUACAUUAAGAUUUUAAAAUAAAAAGAUGGCACUCUUAAAUAUUCUCAACAAAAUGACCCCAAAUUUAAACAUAUUUGAGAGUGGAAAAUCUGAAGCAUAUUUAAGCUCCAAGUUAAUAUGCAUGGCAGUUGUUGUUCAUAUAGACACACACUGUGGUAUAUUAGUGCUUGUAAAGGUUUAAUUUUGCAGGUCCUAAAAUUAUUUGAAAAUUGAAAAAAAAAAAUUAUGCUUUUCACGACUACGCUCUGACUCCUAUUUAUCAUUUUGUAUUUUUUUAAAAUUUAGAAUAAACUUUGAAUUCAAUCUAAAGUUGAAAAAAGACCACAUAAGGCUCACAGCACAACAUGUCCUUUCUUGAUAUUCUAUUUUAAAUAAAUGUUGGUUUUAUGAAUUAAAAAAAUAUUCUGUGUAUGAGAUGAAAACCUAUUCUGAUACAAUAUGUUUCCAGAAAUCCAACCAAGUGUUCAAGUCUGUUUUUCUUUUUAUUGUUUGUGUUAUAACAACACUUAUUCGUUCUGUAUUGAAAUCCAACUCGAAGUUAUGAUAUAUCUAUCAUUUUAAUGAAUAACAUUAUUAAGUUAGUUAUAUUCAUUAAAGUAUCCAUUCUUUUGUCAAUACAAAUAUAUUAUACCAUGUAUGUUUAGGUAUCAAUAUUGUAACCAGGCCAUACACUGCAUUCUCUUGGACUGUAGUAUUUAUUGAUCAUAUAUAUGGGUGGCAAUAAAUGAGUCACUCCCGGUAUUUUUUUUCAUCCUGAUUAAGUGACAGUUCGAUUAAUUCAUUGCAUUUUAAUUUUUCCUCCUAAUUUUCUUUUUAUUAUUCAUUUGUACAAAUAUACACAUUUCAUAAAUUUAUAUGUAGUAUACAAGUAGCACCAGGAAAAUUGGUGAUGCUUAUAUUUAUGAUUUGAAAUACACACAAAUUGUUUUAUGUAUUUGCAUAACAUACUAGCUGCUACCGGUAUUUUUUUCCGUCCUAAAAUGAAACUCAAUUAAAUAUGGAGACACAAAUAUAAUGAUAUAUUUUGAUUCAAAUUUACAUAAAAUGGGUUUCUUCUUAGAUGUCAGUAUCAAUCUAAUUAGAAGUUUCCGGACAAGCGACUUAAUACUAAAUUAACGUUGAUGUAUUUGUGUUCAAGCAUUAAACGAAAGACAACUCAAUCACAACAUGGCACGUUGCAAUUAUUUUAUUCAUGUAAGAAUGAAUUAAUAUUGGACUGCCUUACACAAAUACAAUCAUCUUUGAGUCAAAAAUGUCCUAGUAAAUGAUUAGUGCAAGGAAUUAUUUUAGAAGAACGUGUACAUCGUAAAGUUAUAAAAUAUUAUUUGCUGAAUUGGGUUUAUUUACAUUUGAUAUGAAUUAAUAGUAAGCAGGUUAUUUUAACAUAAUUGGUGAUUUUAAACUAUUUUUCAGCAGUACCAUUAAAGUAGCAGGCGCCAAACAUUAAAAUGCUUUCAUUGUUCCCAGGAACACAUAUAACUUGUUCCUAGCUAGUUCAUGUCCAAAACUGUCUUUUAUUCAGAAUUGUUUUUUUAUCAUGAUGUAUUGAUUGUUACUAUAUACUAUUUUAAUAGAUUGAGUAAUGAACCAGAAGUGAAAAAAUAAGUGGGCAUUCAUUUCACAUUAUUCUAGUCUAAUUCAUUGUACCCAGGGAAAACAUAUGGAUAUUGUCUAUCAAGUUCAGUUACCCGUAAUAUUACUAUACUAUUACUGUGGUUAGCUUUUUUAACAGUAUUAAUCAACUUUAUCUAACAAGUCUUACACUGCUUUUACAGUAUUAAAAUCACUUAAUAUAAAACAUCAGAACAUUCCCUUUUGUAUUUCACUUCUUUAUUCCAUAAUGUCAUAUCUAAGAUAGGGAAGAGCUCAGCAUAUCCGAAGACGGUUCUUUUUGAAAAAAAUGUUCAUGUUAGUUCUUGGAUUAUGGGGCUAUUUGUUACAGGGCUAAUUAUGAAUGUAAUUAUCUAUUUUUUUUUAUAGCAGACACAAAAUGCACUUCAUUCAGUCUCUUGCUAAAUAAAUCACAAAUUGCAUAUUAAUGACAAUCGUUGUAUUAAAAUGUCAUAAAAGGAAAUAUGUUAUCAGUUCUAGUUCAAUAAUAACGUUAAUAUUGGAGAUUUUUUUUACAAUAUAUGACUUUUACAAAAAAAUAGGCAUCAAACACAUAUAUGAAUGCAAUCUAUGAUGAGUUAUGUAUAACAUGUAAAUGUAUGUUAACCAAUUGUUUGUGUAUCCUUAGGUUACUUAUGUAGUAUGUAUCAUACUUUUUUCGCUUAACAACAUUUUUUUUAUGCCUCAGAUCAUUGUUUGCAUAGACAAAAUAUUUGAUUUGAAGGUAGAAAUAAAUAUAUAUAUAUAUUUAUAUAUAUUAAUGUAGAAUGUCUAAUGCUAAUAAACAUUUAAACACAAAGCUGUUUUUUCUCGUGCUUUAUAUCAUUGUUUCUGUCAAAGUGGUUAGCAUCUUAUCACAAUAGUAUAUCAUUUAGACUCAAAUUUAUUCUGUAGUUUUUUUUUUAAACAUAACACUAAUUCUGUUUGAAUAGGGUGAAGAUUUUUAGAUAGUUCAUCCUUUCAAAAUUGACAUUGAUUUGCAUUAAGAACAUUAUUCGAAAAGUAAGGACAUUCUGCCCCGUUCUAGCGAUUGGCCUUUUUGCAAGGUGUUUCUUUCAUUUUAGCUUUUCAACAUUAAUUUUUCGCUCUGGGAUUUAAAAUUUUUUGCAAUUAGAUAUAGCUGUAUAAUUGCUUAAGACGACAUAACAUCUUCUCAACUAAAAUCUGAAGGACAAUGAUGAAAAGAUAUAAUACUGCAUCAGUGGGAAUGACAGAUGUUUUGGAUAACCUUUAUUAGGAAAACUCGAGACAAAAAGUUCGAAAGCAAAACAAGUUAUGUCAGUUGACAUCGUUACUAAAAAACUUUGCUUGAGGGACUUCAAACUUUAGUUUUAGUAUGAUGAUUUAAUUGAUAAACUGAUAAUAAAAAUCAAAACUAGCACUUUAAAUCAUUCCAGAACUGAAUCACUGGCUACUUGAAGGAUUGUUCUCAUGGAGUAAAACAGUUCAUCAGGAAGAGUUAUUCUAGGAACAUUGUUAAACUACCAAAAAAACAAAAAGUAACGUUGACGUACCACUGUUUGCAGAACAACAAUUGUUUUAGCGGUGUCCAAUAUACAUUGUAACUUACGUUUGUGGUCAAAGUGUUCUCUUUUUAAAAAGAGGGUUUCAUGUUUAUAUGCACUUCAUUCGUGUUCAUAUAACACAAAGUCAUAUUUAACAGAGCACACUCAAAACAGUGUAAAUGUCAAAUUACAUUUUAAGCAGAAAGUUAUACUAUAGAGGACGCUGUUUAAAUUCCCCAAAUCAAUUAUAUAUUUUACGACCAAACAAUUGGUUUUGGCAAGUUGCAUAGAUAAUGAUAUGCAAUACAAAAUAAUAUCCAAUACUGAAAAUAAAUCAUUAUAAGCUUUAAAACACUUUUUAAAGUUGAAGAACUUUUUUUUGACGACUUUGAUAGUAGGUAAGUUAUGAUUGACUACAACGGUCAGUCAAAAUAAGUUUACCAUGGACAAUCGAAAGACAAAUUAUAUGAUAGACACAUUCUGGCCUCGUGACAUUAUCUCAGUUAAAGAUUGGAACAUAAAAGUAACGGAGAGAAUAAAUCAUUCCCUUUCCUUUUUUUCAUAAUUUGGCCAUCUUCUUGUGCGCAUGGUGACACCAAGGUUCAUAUUUACCUUCUGCAAACUCUCUGUAUUGACACAUUAGAAAUUUGGGUCGGAUGUGGAACAUUGAAUUAGACUAGAAUAAUGUUCAAGGAAUGCCUAUUUCUUUUUUUCAGUUCUGGUUUAUUACUUAAUCUUUAAAAAAGUUAUAAUACAGCACAUAUUGAUGUUGUAAUUCUAAAUAAGAGACCGUAAGGACAUGAACUUGCUAUGAAAAAGUUAUAUUUUUCCUGGUCACUUUUCAUUAGACCAUAUUGAUAUUAAAAUGAAGUAUCACUUAUUUUUCAUUUUUUGGUUAACUACUCUUUAUCCAACAUUCAUGCACUAACAAUUAAAACCCAUCUUUGUGAGGUUUUGAUGUUUGACGCCUGCUAUUUAUGUGGUCCUGCUGACAAACAGUUUAAAAAAUACCAUUUUGUAGGACAAUUAUCUAAUACUCAAAAUUUAGAGCCUUUUGACACAUGUUUAUCAUCACGACCUCUUGAAGUUGGUUCAUGUCAGGAAUAUGAUUGAUUAUUUAUGGUCAUCUAUGUAAACCGAUGUAUCCAACCUUUCCUUUUUCUCGGUUUAUGUACAAGUACUUAAUUUGAUUCUUAAGUACUAUAUUAGACUAAUAUGGGCGUGUAUGCUUUGAAAUGCUCAGGGUAAUCGCAAAUUACAGUCGGACAAGUGGAAGGUAGGGUGUCAUAAACCUAGUUCAACCCUCAAGUGUACGAAUGGCUAACUAGUAAUAUAAAAGCAGUUUUACAUGGUUGAUAAAAAUGCCAAUACGUUAUAGUUUUCCGCGUUAUUAUGCGGAUAUUGAACUUUGACCUUUGAAUUUAUUAUGUAUUUGCAGAUACAUUCGUUAUUUCUCGUGGUACGCGCGGUCUCUUGAAAUAUUUUUUUCUUCUUCAUAAAAUGUCAGUGAAAUCUUAUAUAAAGAAUGGAAAAUAAUAAGCUCUCGAAAGAGUAGUCAAUAAAAAAUAUUCCGAUAACACCAAGGGCAAAAGAACAAGAUAAAAACAAAUGUAUAGGGAAAUUGCACUGAAAACUGAGCAACACUCAUUAAAACGUGACGUUAACUCAUAUGCUUCUUGGGGGUAAAAAGUUUCUAAUUUCAAAAAAAUUGCUUAUGACAUGUAUACAUUCUGUGAUAAAUUAGAGGCAACUGUAUUUUACCGUUGUUUAAAUCUCAUAAAUCAAUGAAGAAGAUACAAAUCAUGGUAAAAUACAAAAAUUUAGGGAAUCCAAGAAAGAGCGAGACCGGGUGCGUCGACAGGGGGAAACGUAUAUUAAACGUAACAUAUCCGUGAUCAUAAGUGAAACUGAUAUUUAGCAACAGUCUACAAAGUCAUUAGGAAUAAUGUUGUGACUCCACUUUACCAAGAGAGUCGUCAGUAAUAUUCUAAAUAUAGUAUCCCAAGAAUCAUGCAUGAGUACCUUCCUUGUUCACUUAACCUUAUAACUGGGAAAUCCUAAUAGGGAAUACAAACACUAUAAUAACAUAUUUAUAAAGAGAUUUGUGGUGCUGCCCCAAUGCUACUACAUAUAAUAUAUGUAACACUCAGAAACGUGUCCAUCCCCCAAACGUGUCCAUAUAAAGUCACUAAACUGCAAAACAUGUCUAGUUGCUAAAGGGCACCAAAGAGUGUCCUUUUUAUGAACGCCCAAUCGUGUCCAUUAAAAAAAAACGCCUAAACGUGUCCAUAUGAGACCAAAACGUGUCCCUUUUAUGUGAACGCUCAAUCGUGUCCCUUUUAUGUGAACGCUCAAUAAAGGCAAUAGUAGUAUACCGCUGUUCGAAACUCGUAAAUCGAUAGAGAUAAAAACAAAUCCGGGUUACAAACUAAAACUGAGGGAAACGCAUCAAAUAUAAGAGGAGAACAACGACCCAACAAAAACACAACAUUAAAAUGUAACAUACACAGAAACGAACUAUAAUAUAACAAUGGCCAUUUCCCUGACUUGGUACAGGACAUUUUAAGAAAAAAAAUGGUGGGUUGAACCUAGUCAAUCGUGUCCAUAUUUUAUAAACGCCCAAACGUGUCCACCCUUAUUGAACAGUGAUUCGUAAUCACAUAUGUUGUAAUUACAAAUCCAAUCGAUAUUAUUAUUACAGGAACCUUAGUUUUGAUUUGUUGUUGUGAAAAAGGGACAGUUACUAAAGCCCAGACACCACUUCUGUAGGCAGCAGGCCGUGAGAUAACCUCAUAAAUUAUGGCUCUGGUCUGGCUGUGGUUUAAGAUCUUAGAAUUUAGCUGAUUAUUUUCGUAUUAUCUAUAUAUGAUUAUCAACAUUUUUGUGUCAAUUAUUAAAAUCUUUGUAAUAAUCAACUGUCAAGAGUUAAUUUAUGUGUUGCAAAUUAACUUGCAAUCAUGCUAAAUAUUAACAACCGGCUUUAAAAAAACUGAUGCUAAUACAGUUAAAGAACUGGGAAAACGUUUUUGUUUUCUUAGGUGUGAAGUACCUGUAAUUAAAAUUUAAAACAAUUAAUAGUCAUAUUGAUAAAACAAAUAAUAACAUCACUGCAAGUAAACAUAAUUUUUUUAUAGUGCCACUAUUUUUCUUAUCUGGUGUAUGUUUAUUUGGAGGCAGAAGUCAGUGAUUUCAUCUUUCACUGUAGAUAGUGUACCAUGUCUUGGACAUUUGUCUAAAUGCAUCACUACAUUUUCCCUUAAAAUGUCCUUGGAUAGCAGCUUUGGUCUUUUUUAGAAUCCUGCAACCAAAACAGAUCGUCUUCAAUCAUGUCCCCAACCAUUUAAUUGCCGUAAACGUUAUUGACGUCACUGAGGACAGUUUAUCGCUAAAAGUUUUGAGACGUUCUGGCGUUAUAAAGUGGACAUGUUUUGGCGAAUAACAAUUAUCAAAUCGGACACGUAUGGGGAGAUGAAUACGUUUGGGAGUGUUACAUACAUAUAUGAAAUUUCACGAUUAGAAAAUGAAAGUCGUCAUGUUUUUGUCGAAAAUAUAAUACUCCAGGUCAAAAUUAUCUCUGAUUUGUCGGAAUUAACUAAAAGGAUAUUACGCAUGAUUCGUGGGAUAUUUUAUUUAAAAUGUAAGUAUCAAAUGGCAAAUUAAUUUCAAUAUUUUGCUAGUGUUACAUGCUAAAAUGGAUUUACUUACCCGAAGGUAGCGAUUGAAAGACUUUAAUUAAAAAUAUAAUAAAAGAUCUAUUAAAAGUGUCUUUACGUACUGCUUACUUAGACCCCGUUCACACUUGUAAUUUUUGAAUUGAUCUAAAUAAAAACCGUUAGCGUUCACAUUAUCUUUAGGUAGCAAUACAUAGUUAGAAGUUUAGUUCCGCAUUUUGGCCAUAGUGAAUCUUUUAAAUAUGAAAGUUUUUGUACAGUAAAAUUGAUUUUUAAAUAGCUGUAGAUUGUUGCCAUGGUUACACCAAAAAGAGAUUAUAUUUCACCCUUUUAACUAUUAGAAAUCAAACCUAUGAAAGAUGCUGUUUCCAUACAUAUGCACAUACAUAACAAAAACUUUAGGACUUAUUAGUUAGAAAGCAAGGGACAGAGGGUUGCUAAAAAUUAUGAGUGUCAAUUUUAAGAAUUUUUCCUAACUGUGCAUUGCUACCUUAACCCUAACACUGUGUAUAAAUAGAAAUAUUUAACCAAAUUAAUGUGUUAAUUUCCCGCAAAUUGGCUAGCACACGUUGCUAAAGUAUAAUUGAUGCAGUUACUACUAGUGUUUCACUUGAAUUACAAGUUCAUAUGUUGAUACUGCUUUUCUUACAGUUUUUGUGAUAAAUUGGUCAUAUAGUUUUGCUGCCUUACAUGCGCAAAAUUUAUUUUCGAUUCGAUCGUACUAGUUUAGAUCGAUCUCUGUCUUCAGAUUUAAGGAUAGAUCGAUUCACAUUAGAUCGAUUCAAACUAAACUAUCUCUUUUGGUGUUUUAGUUUAGACCGAUUCAAAAGUCGUUUUAAAGCGUUCACAGUGACUUCAAUCGAUCUAAAUGAACCAAUCUAGUUUAAAUCGAUCUAAAGUGAACCGAUCUAGUUUAAAUCGAUCUAAAUGUGAACGGGUUCUUAUAGAUCUACACGUUUUAUUGUAUUGCAUAUCAACGAAUGACACAGAUCUGCUAUAAAUAUCCACUCCGGCGGUCGUAGCUUUACCCAUAUUAACAUUACAUAAUUAUUUUUGAUUUUUUCAUGGAUGCUUCGUCAUUGCCUUAUUGGAUAGAAUCAUUGUAAUUGAAUUCAAAUAAUGCUUAUCUGUCUGUUUCAUUACAUGUUCCAUUGUAAAUGUUGUUAUUAUCAUUAAAGAUGUAAUCUAAAUAAUCAUUAGCUGUCUGUUUGAUUACCACUGUGUACUAUUAAUAACAUUGACCUGGUUAUCGACAUCAUAUCGUCUCAUCAGCAGCUCUACCACUGCAUAGUCAUUCGGUACCUGUACUUUAAUCAGUCUCAUCGCAUAUGUCACCGAGAUGUGCUUUUGUUAUCUUAUGCUGACCGAGAUUUGUGUAGCAGUAUCACUUUACAUAUAUAUUAACUAAAUAUAUCAUUCAUGACAGAUGAAGGUGUAUUGUGGUUAAAGACGUCAAUGAACUGUCAUAUGUUGUUAAUUGACAAAUUUAUUAUGUAUAGUAUAGUAUAGAAGAAUUAUACAAAAAAUCACUAAAAGCUGUAUUCAAAUUGCAAAGAUCUUUAUCAUCUUCCAAUCCAAGCAUUUCUACUCUAUUACAUAUAUAUGACCAUACAAUAAAACCCAUUUUAAUGUAUGGCAGUGAAAUUACAGGUAUGUUUAAAACUAGCUCUGCAGCAUGCCAGAAAGAAAGUGAAUAUUUAUUACAGCACAUUUAUAUGAAUGAUUUUUUAGAUAAAUCCAAUUUAAGAUAUAUGAAGUAUAUAUUAGGUGUAAACAAAAAGUCUUCUAAUCUAGCUGUGAUAGGAGAGCUUGGUAGAUUCCCUCUAUAUUUUUCAGUUGUAUUGUCAAUGCUGAAAUAUUGGUUUGGAAUAAAAAAUAUGAAAGAUGGUUUACUGUAUGAUACCUAUAUGUGUAACAAAAACAUGUUUAAUAAUAAUAUUGAAUGCUAGUAUUCAUCCAUACAUUACAUUUUUAAAAAGCGGAAUAUUCAUAAUGUGGAGGUAAAGCUCAACUUGUUUAUCAAGUCAGUUAAGCAAAAACUUUGUAAUAGUUUUGUAAAAUUUUGGAACACAAAAAGAAGAGAUACAAAGAGUAGUAAAUUAGAUACUUAUUUCAAACUUAAAACUUGUUUUUCUAAAGAAAUGUAUCUAUCUUUAAACAAUUUUCAAUUGAGAAGUGCCAUAUGUAAAAUCAGAAUCAGUGCACAUGAUCUCAAAAUAGAAAGAGACAGGUAUAAAACUUUAUAUAUAGAAAGAGACCAAAGGCUUUGUAAAAAAUGUACUCUAAAUCUGGUUGAAGAUGAACAACAUUUUAUUACUAGUUGUCCAGCAUACAAUAAUGAUAGGGAGAUAUUUUUCAAGGAGAUAAACUGUAUCUGUCCCAAAUUUAUAUAACUUUCAAAUGAGGCAAAAUUUGUUUGGUUAUUUACUAAUGAAAAUUUGUCUAUACUUAAAUAUUUAAGGAGCUAUAUUAUUACAUGUCUAGAUGUUAGACGAAAUGUUAAUUAAUGUAUGUAAUAACAAUGAUAAUUGUAAUGAUUUUAUAGUUCUGAUCCUGCCUGGAAUUAAAUGUAUGUGAUUUUUUUAUAGAAUGAAGAUAAUAACAUCUGUCUGAACUUUUCAAUGUUUCAUUUUAAUAUAUAAAAAUGUUUUUCUGUUACAAAUCAUGAUGUAUUGUUUUAUGUGUACAUGUUAUGUUGCCCGUCAAGGGCCCUUGAUUGGAAUAAUAAAUAUUCUUAUUCUUA